AUGGAGUUGUCUACUAUCAAUGAAUAUGAAAGAAGAUGGUUAAACAUCUUCGAAUGGAGAUUAUUCGAUUAUAAGUUUAGUUUGUAUGAAGAUUACGUUUGUUCCUUUGACGUAUUUUGUCAAGGUAAAAGAUCAAAUAACACCGUCCCAAUUCAAUCUCAAUCCUACUACUCUUCUCCUUCUAAAUAUGAUAACAACCAUUUAUCUGUCGGUGCUAAAGGUUUUGAAACUCCAAACUAUUCAAAUUCUUCUUUGAAUUCUUCUCCAUUUCAUUACAACGACGAUGUAUUCGACUAUUACUAUAACCAAAAUCAACAAAAUUUAUCUACUUCGCCAAUUUCUCAACUAAGUCCAUCAAGCUAA